GGAAUAGCAAGUUGUAAUUAAACGCCUCAGAUCCUGAGAGUUUUUACUGAGGGAAAAGAUAACCCAUAGUCUAUUCAACUCGCUUCCUGGUGCAGUUCACUGCAACCUGUGAUGACAGGUUUUUGUAUAAUGUCUGCUGACAGUAACACAUUUGAAAGCGUAAAAGCUGUUAUCUUGUCAGCUCAUAAAAGCACCACAUCAGAAGAGAAGGUCAGCUUCUACAACCGCUGGGCAGAAAACUACGAUCAGUUGCUACAUGUGAAAGACAUUUCCUCAGAUGUGGCCGUUUUGGAUUACCGUGCACCAAGUCUGGCAGCAGACUGCAUCUCGUCCCAUUUCAGCAACGUGCGAGAGGCAGCCGUCGUGCUGGAUGUGGCAUGUGGUACCGGACUGGUGGCCAAACACAUGAGAAAACUCGGGUUUGAACAUUUUGUGGGUGUGGAUGGAAGCGAGGCCAUGCUGGGCAGGGCGAGAGAGAGCGGCUUGUACCAGGACUUGAAGCAGUGCAUGCUGGGAGAGGAGCCUCUCCCUGUACAGUGGGGCAGCUUUGAUGUGGUUGUAAUUGUUGGAGCGUUAAGUUCUGGUCAGGUCCCUAUUGGUAUCGCCAGACACUUGUGCAGUGCCACCAAACCAGGUGGCUCCAUUUGCAUGACAACCAGAAGUAACCAGGAUAACUUGGAGUACAAAGCUGCCCUUGACAGCGAGCUGAGGAAGAUGGAGGAAGAGGAGCUCUGGACUUGUUUAGAGGUCACCGAGGUCAAAGACUGGGAGAGGGCUGUAUCAGAGAAGGAGGACGGCUACAUAUCUGGAGUUGUGUACCUCUAUAAGAAACUGUAACGCAUUAUUUUGAAUUGUUAUGAGUUGCAUGAUGCAGUUGGUAUCACUGUUGCCUUGCAGGAUGAAGGUUGUGGGUUCAAAUCCCAGGUUAGGAUCUUUCUGCAUGGAGUUUCUCACUGUGCUUGCAUCCGUUCUGUCGGGGUACUCUGGCUUCCUCCAACGGUCCAAAAACAUGGACCGUUGUAUCUUUAAAUUGUCCUGAGAGGUGUGCAUGUUUUUCCUGGUGACCCGUCCAGGGUGCAACCCGAAUGUCGCCCAAAAACAGCUGAAAAUAUCCAGCAAAGGAUGAGCAGGUAAACACUAUGACUGGUAUAUUAUUUUACUAAAGGAUCUCUUAAGACUUGAAUAAAAUAUAAUUAUACUGUUUAUAUAUUAUUAAAUUGUACUUUUUAACUUUUGUAACUUUUAAAUAUAAAAUUUUUGAAUAUUUAAAUAAUAUUUAAGUGUAAAUAUUUUUUAAUAUUGAAAACUAUUCACAUCCUACAACAGGUACAUGAGGAUGAUCGACAGCACUAAGAUCCUCCUCCUGGCUCUGAUUGAUUGUUUCUGACCGAGCGGUUCACUUUUGCAGAUUGCAAUAGCAACACUGGGAGGUGGCAGAUUAGCUUGAUUUAUUUCACAGAUUACUGUACCUGUAAAUAUUAAGCUUUAAUAUAAUUAAAGUAGUGGGGGUUUUUUGUUUUGUUUGUUUUUUUGAUGUAUCAACAAUCUGUGAAGCCAAAACUUUUUUUUUUUAAAUCCGGGAGAGACCAAAAUGUUUCCCAUCCACCAGGUGUCACUGUUUCAUCACCUUUUUAUAGAAAUGGUUCUCCAGUGCGUCACUGUACAAGCAAUGUUUGGCUAAACCUCAAAGCCCUGAGGCGUGACCACAUCCAAGCUUUACCAAACACAUAAAGCAGAUUUUUUUAAAGAAUUAAGUUAAUAAAUACAAAUAAAUAAUGCAAAGAUAAA